AUGAAGACCUGGAGUGCUUUCCUGACGGCCUCGUGCCUGGCCACCGGACUCCAAGCAGCCAAUUUCACAAAUCCUCUGAAGAGGCCUCUGGGCAGUGACCCACACAUCGUCUAUGUAGAUGGCUUCUACUACUUGACCACCACGACAUAUGAGAAUAUCCAGAUCACCAGGGCCACCACCCUCGAGGGCCUCAAGACGGGCGAGAACAAGGUUAUCUGGACCCCGGACGAUCCAUCGCGAAGCUGUGACUUGUGGGCUCCGGAAAUGCACCAGGUGGACGGAGUGUGGCAUCUCUACUUCACAGCCGGGACAUGUGGCGGCGCGUCACCAUGGGAUGACUACCAAUUCCUCGCAACCCUCACGCCAAACGAAUUCGGCAUAGACGGCACGGUUCUCACCCUGAACAACCAGAACUACUUUGUCUGGUCAUGCAUCACCAGCGACCUGCAAGGUCUCUGCAUCGCCACGCUCGACACCCCCGGCAGCAUAGGCCCUCGGCAUGAACUUUCCAUCCCGUUGGAGUCCUGGGAGGUCGACGGGUUCGGCGUGAACGAGGGCCCAGCACCCCUGUACCACGAUGGCAAGACGUUCCUUGCCUUCUCGGCCAGCUACUGCGGCACGGCUAGCUACCAGCUCGGUCUUCUCACGUACGAGGGCGGUGAUCCCCUCGAGAAGUCGUCCUGGACCAAGACGGGCCCUCUGUUCAGCUCUGCGAAUGGGAACUACGGCACUGCACACAACGGUUUCUUCAACAGCCCUGACGGCACAGAGAUUUGGAACGUCUACCAUGCUACAAGCAUUAGCUCCGGGCACUGCGGUCGGGAGAGGUACACGAUGGCUCGUCCCGUCGCGUGGGAUGCUGAUGGUCAACCCAUUUUUGGCCAGGCGGAGACAUUAGGAACUCAGCUUGUCGGGCCUUCAGGAGAGCCUGCAUAG